AUGAAGCGUCCUUUAAGUCCUGACUACAUCUUCGAAGAUGGAAUUAUGAAUAUGUCUACCUUUCUACGAGGUUUUGAAGACAAAGGACCAAAGCAUGAACGACCUGAUUCUCAAUUGAGUAAAGAAAAAAAGAAAAUUCUCUUUUCCUUCUGUGAUGUGUGCAAUAUUCAGCUGAACUCUGCAGCUCAGGCUCAGGUCCAUUACAAUGGGAAAUCACACCUGAAGAGGGUGAAGCAACUGAAUGAUGGGAAGAUCCCUGCACAUUCUUCCAGCCCUGGGUCACUGUUGGUCGGCACAAGUACAGGUAGUACAUGCCACAGUACCACACUUCCUGCACUUGUGCGCACACCUACCCUGAUGAUGCAGCCUUCCCUGGAUAUCAAACCAUUCAUGUCUUUUCCAGUGGAUAGUAGUUCUGCUGUUGGCCUCUUUCCAAAUUUUAACACAAAAAGAAGAGACUUGUUUGGGACCAAUAAAUUCUAUCAGAUGGAUCCUGUGCAGAAGGCAGUCAUAAACCACACAUUUGGAGUGUCCAUUCCCCCAAAGAAGAAACAAGUGAUUUCUUGUAACGUCUGUCAGCUUCGUUUUAACUCUGACAGCCAGGCCGAGGCCCACUACAAAGGAAGUAAGCAUGCCAAGAAGGUCAAAGCGCUUGAGGCAUCGAAAAAUAAACAAAAAGCUGGUUCUUCCAAGGACAGCGCAAAGGCUAAUCCCAGCUGCUCCAUCCCGCCAGUCACAGGCAACAGCUCUGACAAAUCAGUAGAAGAUAAAGGGAAGUUGAAAGCCAAUAGUUCCAUUCAACCUUCAAGCGCUGAUGGAGGUUUAUUUCUACCCAAACCUGGAGCUACCACCCCUUUGCCCCCGGGAGCCGUGACCUCGUCCUCCAAGAGCACAAAUGGAGCUCCCAGUGCCGUUUCUGAAUCAGAAGAGGAAAAAGCCAAAAAAUUACUUUACUGUUCUCUAUGCAAAGUGGCUGUGAACUCUCUGUCACAGCUAGAGGCCCAUAACACAGGAUCCAAACACAAGACAAUGGUCGAAGCUCGCAAUGGGGCUGGUCCAAUUAAGUCCUAUCCAAGACCUGGAUCCAGGUUAAAGAUUCAGAAUGGCAACAAGGGUUCAGGAUUGCAGAACAAAACGUUUCAUUGUGAAAUCUGUGAUGUUCAUGUGAAUUCGGAAAUUCAACUUAAGCAGCACAUUUCUAGCAGAAGGCACAAGGACAGAGUAGCAGGGAAGCCCAUGAAACCGAAAUAUAGUCCUUACAACAAACUCCAGCGAAGCCCAAGUAUUCUAGCCGCAAAACUUGCAUUCCAGAAAGAUAUGAUUAAGCCCCUGGCACCGGCUUUCCUCUCCUCUCCUCUGGCCGCUGCGGCAGCUGUCUCAUCUGCCCUGUCCUUGCCUCCUCGGCCAUCCACGUCACUAUUCCAGGCUCCCGCCAUACCACCAGCUCUCCUGAGGACAGGCCAUGGGCCCAUCCGAGCCACUCCUGCAUCGAUUCUUUUUGCUCCAUAUUAAUCCUCAAAAAUGAUAAGGUUGUUAUGGCCAGUAGGAAAGUUAAGAAAAGUUAAGAAAAGAAGCAAAAAAAAAGGCAGGGGGGUUGGGAGGGUUGGAUAAUUUGAAAGACUUCCCUCAGAAUACAGUAAAACUUGCACCCUCCACUCCCCCUCAUCCCCAGAUGCACUCAAGGAUCAGGUACUGUCAUUUAGGAGUCUGUACCUCUUAAGGUCUGGUCCAGCUCUCCUCCUCCCUUCCAACCCUGUUUAAAUUCUAUGUCCUGAGACAUUUGGUUUCCUGAAAAUGAGUUGGUCAGAAAAGUUCCAUCAUCCAAAUUCUCUGAUUAUAUUUCCAUGGGUGUGAGCUAACUGGAAAACAAUAUGGAUUAUUUUCCUGACAGACUUGAAAACUAGGGUCUUCCUUUUGCUUCUGUAAAUAAAUCUUUGGAAUCCAACUGGGCAUAGUCAUGUGGGGAAAAAAAAUAGAUUAAUAAAAGUGCUUAAUUGUGGAUAACAUACAUCCUAUGAAUGGAUUACCAAUGUUUUCUUUCCCGUGUACUGUUGUUGACAGGGAUCGUGUACCGUUUUAGACCUAAGUCUUGUUGUACCUUGUGUAGUACUAGACCUGUAUCUCCUGUCUGAAUUCAACAUUUUAGUUGCUGUGUAAAUGUUAGGAAGCGACGCAGCUUUGAGGUAUUUUUUUUUAUUUUUUUAAAAGAAAAACAAGAUAAUGAAGUAUUUUAUUUCAUGUUUUAUUUAGAAAUAUUUUUAAGAAAUAGAAAGCCAUAUACUAUAGUUAUGAUUAUUACCUGUUUGUUAUUUGUUUAACUUAUUUUGACGCUUCCUCACUAGUUUAAGUUGCUAAGCAAUGUACAAACAACAACAAAAAAAUACCUGAGCUUCCUAAAUGCACAUUAUCUCAGCUCAUGUGUGUUCUGCAAGAAGACAAUGAACCAUGUAUUUAUACAUAAAUAAUUUCUCCUCCAUUUCUAACCUAUUUUCAUUUGUAAUGAUGCUACAUAAUUUUGUGGCUCCCUAAUGCAAUAAUGUACAGAAUAUAAAAUAUUUAUAAUUAAACAACUAGUCUUUUCUGUUGAUGGAAUAUAUUGUAGGUUCUGCCUCCCUGUCCCUCUUUUUUUUAAGUUGAUAUCAGUAUGAGUGAACUACUUGUGAUAUCAGGGGUGACAGGUAUAAUAAAAGCAACAAAAUAGAAUUAAAUCUUUUAGAACAUCUGUAUCUGCAAUCUGUAAAUGGUAAAAUGUCUGUGUAUUUUUUUAAAUGUACCUUUGCAAUAAAAGAGU